AUGGAAGCGGGUGCCAUAAGUAUCUUCUUCUGGGGAGAAUUUUUAAAAAAAACCCGACGAGAAGUCAUGGUCGCCUUCGACAUCAUGGACGACUAUAAGAGCCUAAUGUCCUGCCUGUUAGACGACGUCAACGGACGCCUUAUUACCAAGAGACUUCCACUCCUCAAAGACUACAUACGUUCGAUGAUAUCAUUUCCCAAGAGGACUGAAAUGUCGACUGCGAGAGACGCCAACGCGGAAAUCCUCAACAAAGUAUUCUUUAAAGAAAAACGGAAUGACAUUCCGGCUUCACAACAAGCUGUCUACAGUAAGGUAUGA